AUGUCUGGUUCUACUCCCACUGAAUUGCGGUUUAAGAACCCCGCCAUCUUGGUCUGCGACCUCCAAGAAAAGUUUCGCAAUGCCAUCUAUGAAUUCGACAGCAUCGUAACAACAACCACCAAACUCCUCAAGUUCGCCAACGCCGUCAACAUCCCCGUCCACGCGACAACCCAAACCGCCGCCAAACUCGGUCCCACCGUCCCCGCCCUCGCUUCCCUCCUCUCCUCCACGCCCCUCGACAAGACCAAGUUCUCUAUGCUUAUCCCUCCCCUGGCUGCCGCUCUGCCACCUGGUUCGCGCGUCGCUCUCGUCGGCAUCGAGUCCCAUAUCUGCAUUACCCAGACAGCCUUGGAUCUCCGCGACGCAGGACACUUCCCCUACGUUAUUGCCGAUGCUGUGAGCAGCUGCAACAGGACAGAGGUGAUUAUUGCCUUGGACAGAUUGCGCGCCGAGCCGGGUGUUACCGUGACGUCGUCGGAGAGCUGGAUGUACGAGUGUAUGGGGGACGCUUCGAACCCAGCUUUCAAGACGCUCAUUGGCGUGGUCAAGGGUGCUGUUUCCGACACCAAGAAGGUGCUCGAGUCAUUGCCGCCGACGUCCAAGAUUUGA